AUAUAUAAACAAACAAACUCACGCUUCUCUAAGCAAAAACCCAAACCCGGUUCUCUCUCUCGCUCUGCUUGAGAAUCAAAGAAAGAGAGAGAGACACUAAGAAGAAGAAGAACAUGCAGAUCUUUGUGAAGACUCUCACUGGGAAAACCAUCACUCUCGAGGUCGAGAGCAGUGACACCAUCGACAAUGUCAAAGCCAAGAUCCAGGACAAGGAAGGUAUCCCCCCAGACCAACAGAGGCUGAUUUUUGCUGGUAAGCAAUUGGAAGAUGGUCGAACUCUUGCUGAUUACAACAUCCAAAAGGAGUCGACACUUCACCUGGUUUUGAGACUUCGGGGAGGAACUAUGAUUAAGGUGAAGACUUUGACAGGAAAAGAAAUUGAGAUUGAUAUCGAACCAACUGAUACCAUUGAUCGGAUCAAGGAACGGGUUGAGGAAAAAGAAGGAAUUCCUCCUGUUCAGCAAAGUGACCUCCAUGGUGUGGAUGGGUUGGCCAAGGAUCAAAGCUUCCUAUUACAACCACCCUGUGAGUAAACAGAUAUAGGCUAUGGGUGGACCUUCGGUGUACAGGCUUAUCUACGCUGGUAAGCAGCUUGGAGAUGACAAAACAGCUAAAGACUACAAUAUUGAGGGUGGUUCUGUCCUUCAUCUGGUGCUUGCACUGAGAGGUGGCAGUUGUUAAGUGGUACUAUCAUAGGAAACCAGUUGAGGUACUAUGUGUACUGAUACUUUUAUGAACGUGUAAGUUGCAUGCGUGUGGAUAAAACCAAAAUGUGGCAGUAAACUUGUUCUAAGGAACUAUUCUGGUACCAAAUGCUGUUAAUUCGCCUUAUUUUCUACAUCUACUGUUAACUUUUUGUGCAUGUACAAUAUUUUGAAUUUUGAUAUGCAUUUCUAAUUUUAGAUGGCCUUAGGCCAUCAAUUUUAUGGAAUUGAGAUUUCUCUUA